AUGUCUAAUGAAACAACAAGCGAUAAUUCAACCGAGUUAAAUCUUUUAGAUGCAGAUGAUGCCACUUGGAUAUUGACAUCUUCGUUUGUAAUUUUUACCAUGCAGACAGGAUUUGGACUACUAGAAUCAGGAGCGAUAUCGAAAAAAAAUGAAGUAAAUAUUUUAGUAAAGAAUGCAGCAGACGUAAUUUUUGGAGCAUUAUCCUAUUGGGUAUAUGGUUAUGGUUUACAAUAUGGUAAAGGUCGAGGAACAACAUUUUUCUGUGGAAUAGGAGACUUUCUUUUAGAUACAGAUCCUGAUGAAAUGGGAAUUGUUUUUGCAACUUUUAUUUUCCAGUUAUCUUUUGCAACAACAGCUACGACUAUCGUUUCAGGUGCCAUGGCCGAAAGAGCAAAUUUCAAUGCGUACUGUAUAUUUUCUUUUGUUAACACUAUCACUUACUGCAUUCCUGCAGGUUGGAUAUGGGGAAACCACGGAUUUUUAAAACAUUUAGGUGUUAUAGAUUUUGCUGGAUCUUGUGCAGUUCAUUUAACCGGUGGAGCAUCUGCUUUAACAGCUGCUAUUUUGUUAAAACCUCGAGUCAGAAGAUAUAAAAAUGGCACCGAUCCAAUACCCAUGGGGAAUCCAGCGAAUGCUAUAGUAGGAACUUUUACUCUUUGGUGGGGUUGGUUAGUAUUUAAUUGUGGAAGUACGUUUGGAAUUAGAAACGAUAAAUGGCAUUAUGCAGGAAGAGCUGCGAUUAAUACUAUUAAUGCAUCUUUGGGCGGUGGUGUCGUAGGAAUAAUAAUGACAUAUUAUAAAAAUCGCUUAUUCCUUGUGUUCGAAAUUUUAAAUUCAAUUCUAGGAGCACUGGUAUCUGUUACAGCUGGAUCAUCGUUAUUUCACUCUUGGGAAUCUGUAAUAGUUGGAGGAAUCGGUGCUCUUAUCAUUAAUGAAAUACCUCCGAUUUUAGACCGCUUCAGGAUAGAUGAUCCUGUAGGUGCUGUAGCAGUACACGCAGUUGGUGGAAUAUGGGCAAUGAUAGCUGUUGGAUUAUUUAUUGAUGCUGAUACUCUACUCCAUCUUUCGUCAGGAAACAAAGGACUUUUUAAAGGAGGAGGUUUCUAUUUAUUAGGGAUACAACUAUUAUCAUGUUUAUGUAUUGCUUCGUGGAGUAUAACUACUACUUUUCUCAUUCUCAAAGGUAUUAAUUUCAUCGUACCUAUUCGAUUGACCUUUGCAGACGAAAUUCUGGGAGCUGAUUUUGUAGAACAUGAUAUAAGACAUGACAUUUAUGAUUACGAAAAAAUACUGGAAGAACUAGAAAAACGUAAAUUGAAACCAUCGCGUUUGCCGAAAUAUAGUGCUGGAAGGACUAAAUGGGACGAAUAUCUUAUUUUAAAAUAUCUUUCAACACAAGAAAGAAUAGAAGCCUGGACAUCUUCAAAUUCUAAACCAUGUUAUAAUUUUAAUGAAAUUAAAGUUAUUUUCCAAAAACCUCGUCGAAAUAUUAGCUGUAUAAUAUCUUGA